GCGGGGGAGGAGCUGGAGACCCGGGACCAGCGGCUCUGGCGGUCGUGGCGGUCGGGGGUCUGAGAGCUCUGUUCCUCCCGAGAGCGUGCGGGUGCCUGGACUGGUCUACACCUGACAGUCACUGGAAUGCAACUCCAGGCCUUAGAAGAAAGUGAAACUAACUCUAAAGGCCCCUUGUUCUUUCUGUUACCUGCCUGCUGAAGUGAAAAUAAAUCUCCCUGCUCCUUUAUUCUGAACUCUUUUGACUUUCCCAUCUCCCAAGUGUGUGCAGGGAGCAGGAGCCUUUCCACUUGAGCCCCAGCUGUCUUGGAAACCCUCCUAAGUCAGAGCAAUGGGUCAGGAAUCUAGCAAGCCUGUAUGGCCCAAGCCAGCAGGAGGGUAUCAGUCCAAUACAGGCAGGAGGUAUGGAAGGAGGCAUGCUUAUGUCAGUUUCAGGCCAUCCACGAGCCAGCAGGAAAGAAUUUCCAGCCAGAGAAAGACGACAUCUGAAGUCCCAAUGCACAGAUCAGCCCCCGGUCAAACCACCAAGAGGAGUCGAUCGCCAUUUUCCACCACUCGUCGUAGUUGGGUCGACAGUGAGAGCUCGGGGACCAGCCUGAAUGUUGAUAAUGAGGACUACUCCAGGUACCUGCCACGAGAGUAUAGGGCUUCGGGUAGCAGAAGAGGAAUGGCUUAUGGACAUGUUGACUCUUUCGGGGCAGAUGAUAGUGAGGAGGAGGGGGCUGGGCCUGUUGAGCGAGCGCCAGUGAGAGGGAAAACUGGCAAGUUUAAAGAUGAUAAGCUGUAUGACCCAGAGAAAGGGGCGAGGUCUCUGGCUGGGGUGCCCCCACAGUUCUCUAGUUUUAACCGUGAUGUGAGAGAGGAGCUUGACAAGUUAGACCCAGCCCCUGCAGCAAGAUGCUCUGCUAACAGAGCUGAGUUUCUGCAGCAAAAUAGCAUGGCCUCUCAGAUAUCUGCUGCUGAAGGCAAGUUGGCUACAAGUGGCGACAGCCUGGAGAGGGAGAGGCGGGAGCAGAAUUUACCUGCGCGUCCUAGCAGGGCUCCUGUAAGUAUUUGUGGUGGUGGGGAAAACACCCCAAAGAGUGCAGAGGAACCAGUGGUGAGACCCAAAAUCAGAAAUCUGGCAAGUCCAAACUGCGUGAAACCAAAAGUAUUUUUUGAUACUGAUGAUGAUGAUGAUAUGCCACAUAGUACUUCCAGGUGGAGGGACACUGCCAACAACGACGACAGCCAUUCGGAUAGCCUAGCCAGAAGAGGCAGAGGCGACAGUUCAAGUGGCUACUCUGAGCCGAAAUACUCUGAAGACAAGAGGGAAGUCAGGAAUGACCAGGUGAAGCCAGAAAAAGUGCCGAGACAGCGACGAACCAUGGCUGACCCUGACUUCUGGACGUACAGCGAUGAUUACUACAAAUAUUUUGAUGAAGACUCUGACAGUGACAAAGAGUGGACUGCUGCUCUGCGUCGGAAAUAUCGAGGUCGGGAGCAAAAUCUGUCAUCCAGUGGUGAAAGCUGGGAGACUCUGCCGGGGAGAGAAGAGCAUGAACCUGAGCAAGCCAGAGUGAGUACCAGUGCCGGCGCCAGCCCCAGCGCUAGUGCUAGUGCUGGCAUCAGUGGGAGCAAUGAACUUGAAGAAGUUCGAGGACCAUCUCUUCAGGAAGAGGAGCGGGCAUCGCCGGAGGAAGGAGAAGUUCCUUGGCUCCAAUACAAUGAAAAUGAGAGUAGCAGUGAGGGGGAUAAUGAUUCUGGUCGGGAGUUUCUGCAGCCUGGAGUGUUCAUGCUGGAUGGAAACAACAACCUUGAAGAUGACUCCAGUGUGAGUGAAGACCUAGAAGUGGAUUGGAGCCUCUUUGAUGGGUUUGCAGAUGGGUUGGGGGUGGCUGAAGCCAUUUCCUACGUGGAUCCUCAGUUCCUUACGUACAUGGCACUUGAAGAACGCCUGGCCCAGGCAAUGGAAACAGCCCUUGCGCACUUGGAGUCCCUUGCGGUGGACGUGGAGGUGGCCAAUCCGCCGGCAAGCAAGGAGAGCAUUGACAGUCUUCCUGAGAUCCUGGUCACUGAAGAUCACAGCGCGGUGGGGCAGGAAAUGUGUUGCCCUAUCUGUUGUAGUGAAUAUGUGAAGGGGGAGGUGGCAACCGAGCUGCCAUGCCACCACUAUUUCCACAAGCCGUGCGUGUCCAUCUGGCUUCAGAAGUCAGGCACCUGCCCCGUGUGCCGCUGCAUGUUCCCUCCCCCACUCUAAGACCAAGGCUCUUUACUCCUGGUCUGAUGAUUUUCCCCAACUGAAACCCACAAUACUGCAGGAGCCCUCUUGAAAUUAACAAUUGAAAUGAAACCAAUCAUUGAUUAACCUACACCUGUCCAUUCCUUGUGGUUAUUUCCAAUGUGAAAAUGGUUGUGUACGAUUGCAUUAAAAUUCAUAUUGUCUGUUAGAGGUUAGAAAGGAAAAACUAAACUUUCUAAAUGCUACUUGAGAUUGCAGGAAGAACAUACUUUUUCUAGCCUGAAAGUUGAAAUAAAUUGCAUUUGUUUUCUUCAGUAGAAUGUGUUGCUGUUAAUUGUAACGUCAAGUUUAUCUGUGAAAUAUGUCCAAAAGGCAUCAUCAUUUCUGUUGCAUGUUAUGGGUUAAUGUUCCUGUAAUUGCAGUGCCGUAAAAACUUAUUAAAGUUCUUCUUUUGGUUUUACAUGGUA